CAUCCUAUGAUAUAUAAUACCCAGUUAUUCCAUCCCAUCCUCAGUUUCAAUCUUGCUCUAGUCCAAGCAACAUGGAGUUCUUCAGAUCACUUCUUCGCGCCGUCGGACUGCUGGAACCGUCCAAGGUAGAUUUUAUUGUCGAGCUACCUCUGGAGGUUUCUCAGCUGAUACUGCGCAAGUUGGACCCUGAGUCUCUGUUGUGUGCCGCGCAAGUCUCACAAAAGUGGAUGACAAUUUGCAGGUCGGACAAGAUUCUCCGAGAUACCGCGAAGAAUCACAAGCGGAGUAUCAGGAGGAAAAUGAUGGGUAAGGUUUUCGGGCUGGACCUGGUUGCGGAAGAGGAGAUGGAAAUGGUACGAAGGAGGCAUGUACAAAGAACUACACUGCCCCCUAAAGUACAGAAAACGGUGGUGUUUGCCAAGACGCGAGGAUCUCGUGGUCUUCCCAAACACUCCAAGUGCAAAUACUUUUACUAA